UGUGUUCGUCAUUCUUGUAGCUCCAAACUCUUCGAAUUUUGUGGCGCAGAUUCAGAAAUCACAGUGAAUAUACAGAGAGUGAAAAGUUGCUCUGCUCUUCUCGGCAAUGAUGCUUACGGGAGACAUACCACCGAAUCAAACUAUUUACAUUAAGAACUUAAACGAGAAGGUCAAGAAAGAAGAGCUAAAGAGGUCUCUGUAUUGCUUGUUCUCACAGUAUGGGAGGAUUGUCGAUAUAGUAGCUCUUAAGACUCCCAAACUUAGAGGACAAUCAUGGGUUGUGUUUAGUGAAGUAACAUCUGCCAGUAAUGCUGUGAGGCAAAUGCAAAACUUCCCGUUUUACGACAAACCAAUGCGGAUACAAUAUGCGAAAUCAAAGUCAGAUUGUAUUGCUAAGGCAGAGGGGACCUAUGACAAGAAAAAGAAACAAGAUGAAAAAGUGGAGAAAAGGAAACGUACUGAAGAAACUCCUCCGCAAACUGGUGCAGCUAAUGGCUCAAGAGCUGACAGUAACGGUGGAGGUCCAGCUGCUGCAUCUCGACAAGGAAAGCCAAGUGCUCAAGAUGUUGCGGAACCAAAUAAUAUUCUCUUUAUACAGAAUCUGCCCUACGAGACAACAAGCAUGAUGCUUGAAGUGCUCUUCAAACAGUAUCCUGGCUUUAGAGAAGUUCGAAUGAUUGAAGCAAAGCCAGGUAUUGCAUUUGUGGAAUUUGACGAUGAUGUCCAGUCUUCAGUCGCCAUGCAGGCCCUUCAAGGCUUCAAAAUCACACCCCAGAAUCCCAUGGCAAUUACCUAUGCCAAGAAAUGAGCAUUCUUAAUUCCAGUACAUGCUGGGUAUUGUAUGUUCACCCCAUAGGUCAAUGUAGAAGGCACAUGUAUUAUACACUUGAGCAGGCUUCUUUUGGGUCUUUGUGGCCAGUAAAAAUGUUUUAAACAAUUUGAUUUUAUGUACUAAUCCUAAGAAAAUAUGUGUUUGGUUGUCGUUUUUCUUUCGUCA